GUUCAUUAUAUUCCUAUAGUGACGCCGCCAUCUUAUAUCGUCAAGUAUUGACAAAUUUGCACAUCGCCAUCCUCCACCAUGUGUCACGGCCACCCUCGUCUCCACCCUUGCUCGCAUACCUCAAUCAACUGGCACUACUGUCCUUCGGCUCUGAUCGAUCUAGAAACAGGUGUAGAGACUCCAUGCUCGCACCUGAGUUAUGCGACUGCUCAGCCCAGCAAUGCCGACUGUCCUUUGAUCAACUGUCAGUUUAAGGCGAUGGGUGGCACCUGGACUUGUUGUCAGUGUAACCAGGGUCCCAAUACUCAGGGCUGGUGUACAAUGCCAAAAGCCUCCUCAGGCUACGGCAUUUCCGCUCCCGUCAAUGAGUCUCAAACUUGCGAUCAUGGGUGCUGUGCGGAGUGUGCACGUUACCUCCCAACACAAACGAACACCCCAGAUAUGACAUUCAGUGAGCUCCGCCAGGGGGCCGCUAGUCGCAAGUUUGGCUACGGCUCUUCCAGUCGAUCUCACCGUCGAGGUUCUGCCUUAUCCAAGAUCAACGGAUUUCCCCCUGUGGAUGAGAACGCAGAGACUGUGUCGCCGUCCGCAUCAGGCUCGUGUUCGAGAAGCAACAACUCGUACAAAUCAUCUGCAUCUAGCAAUACCUCUUAUGGAUCUCUGACGUCAGCAAGCCGAGGCGCGGCUUACAGGGUUGAUUUGGAGUACAGCUCUAAACGGCACAAGUCAUCCUCCAGAAAGUCAAGCAAGGAAAGCCAGAAGUCCGUGAGGGCGCACUGAUUUUUGGGUAGGCGAACUGAGUGAGUGCUAUCAAAUGGGUUGCCCUAAAGGAAAACAAAUUGUCAAACAGUGCCUGUGGGGAUUUUUGUCGAGUUGAGGUGCCCACCGUUAUUCGAAUAUUUUCGUCAACACGUUGGUCAGUGGCCACAAUCUGAGCUUGCAGAUGUGACCUGAGAAACCUAUGAAACAGAAAACUAUCGGUCAAUUUAUGUGUGUGUUUCCAAGUAUCGAUCUGCCUCAAAUUGGACUUAAUCCUUCCAGAGUGCUCCAUUGUAAACCUUAGCACCGCUUGAUGGAC